AUUAUCUCGAUCUUUCAUAUUCUAGUCCUUCUUCAUUGGCGGGGUUCUUGAAAAUUCCCGCUUCUCAUCAUAAGGAAUCAUCGUCCUCCUCAUACCAUAAGAAAGUCAACCCCCUCGCCCCUCCAUCGAAACAACUUUCCCGGAAAAACUCCGAACGGCCAUGGCGAAUUCCAACUCUUUCGACCCGGAAACCUCCACCUACAGGUCUCCCCGCCCGCCGCUCCGUUUCCCCUCCGAACCCGACCUCACCCUCACCUCCCAUCUCUUCCGGAGCUACUCUUCCUCUUCCUCGUCUGCCUCCCCGCAGUCCCCGGCCCUGAUCGACCCGGACUCCGGCGAGUCCCUCACCUUCCGCCAGCUCAAGACCCGCGUCUCCACUCUCUCCCACGUCCUCCUCCGCGAUCUCCACCUCGGGAAGGGCGACGUCGUCUUGAUCCUCUGCCCCAAUUCCGUUCAUUACCCUGUCUGCUUCCUCUCCGUCGUCUCCAUCGGGGCCGUCGCCACCACCUGCAACCCCAUGUACACUCGGCUCGAGCUGUCCAAGCAAGUCGACGACUGUAAGCCCAAGCUGGUGAUCACCCUGCCCGAGCUCUACGACAAGGUCAGAGGAUUCGAAUUGCCCACGGUUUUGCUCGGUUCUCUGCAGCCCGGGCAAUCCGCCGGUUCCAAGAUCUGGAAUUACUUCGACCUGGUGGAAACGGCGGAGCCGAAAUCUGAGUUGCCGCCGAGUUGCGUGGCCCAGGACGACGUUGCCGCUCUUUUCUACUCUUCGGGCACGACGGGGACGAGCAAAGGCGUGAUCUUGACGCAUAGGAACUUCAUUUCGGUCUCUCUGAUGGUGACUGCUGAUCAGGAGAGGUACAGGGAGGGCAAGAAUGUGUUCUUGGCCUUCUUGCCGAUGUUCCACAUAAUGGGCCUGUCGGUGAUAGUCUAUUCGCAGCUCACGAGAGGGAACACCGUCGUGACCCUGAGGAAGUUCGAGUUGGAGAAGGUGUUGGAGUGCGUGGAGAGGUACCGAGUGAGUUACAUGUACGUGGCUCCUCCGGUGAUGGUCGUGCUGGCGAAGUGGAGGGCAGGAAAGAAGUAUGAUCUGUCUUCCUUGAGGCUGAUUGGCUCUGGCGCUGCUCCUCUGAGUAAGGAUGUUAUGGAGGAGUGCGCAAAGAAUCCCCAUGUUGAUAUCAUUCAGGGGUAUGGUAUGACGGAAACUUCUGGAAUCGUAUCGCUGGAGAAUCCCAGAGAAGAACCUAAACUUUCUGGUUCAACCGGAACACUCGUUUCAGGAGUGGAAUCUAAAAUUGUCUGUGUGGAAACAUCGAUGCCUCUUCCGCCAAACCAGCUGGGAGAAAUUUGGCUUCGAGGACCGAAUAUGAUGAAAGGUUAUCUCAACAACCUGGAAGCAACAAAGCUGACCAUAGAUGACAAAGGAUGGGUGCACACGGGAGAUCUUGGGUAUUUUAAUAAAGAGGGCCAAUUAUUUGUUGUUGACCGAUUAAAAGACCUCAUCAAGUGUUAUGGUUAUCAGGUGGCGCCAGCAGAGCUUGAAGGACUGCUGCUUUCACAUCCUGAAAUACUAGAUGCUGUCGUCAUCCCGUUUCCUGAUGCUAAAGCCGGUGAAGUUCCAAUUGCAUAUGUUGUCCGGUCCCCCAACAGCUCACUCACCGAAGUCAGUGUCCAGGAAUUCAUUGCCAACCAGGUUGCCCCGUUCAAAAGGUUGCGGAAAGUGACUUUCAUAAACAGUGUGCCAAAAACACCGGCUGGGAAGAUUCUGAGACGAGAACUCAAAGAGAAAGCUCGAUCCAAUAUAUAAGAUGGCUUAGAUUUCUGCCACUGAAAGGGAAUAUGUGGAUGCACUGCACGAUCGACCUCUCGAUGGUCCACCUUCAGCUGAUGAGUAUGUAAGUCUUGACGGAUUGGUCCAUCCUUUAAAAGGUUAGUGAGAGACCGUUUCAUAUGAACUUUGAUUUAAAUUUUGUUCUCUUAUGAGUUGAAUCAGGCAGCGAAAAUUUUCCAGUUUGAACUGGAAUACCCCAUUUGUCGGCAAUUAUGUGGAGAUCAGCUUAGCUUCUAUAUUAGAAAGUUCAAUAAAACACACUUUCUUCAUUAUGGACAUCUACAUUGAUCCAAACAAGUUUAAAAAUUUUCAA